CUGAGACUAGGAGGUUUUAACCAGCCAUCUCAAUGAUCUCCUCUGCAUCUGUCUCCAUAGCUUCUCGUCCCAACCGAUUAAAGCUAACGCACAAUUUUUUUUCAUAAGCUAGAGUUAAAUAAAACAAAAUCAAGAACUAUUGAGACAAAAGAGCCAACCUUGUAUACAUAAACAGCUUGUUAAUGUCUGCUUCAAAUUGGAGCUGCCUUGGGUUCUUGGCAAAUGUAAAUACUCUUGGCAAGAACUCCAACAGCCUAAAGUCCAAAAAUCUCAGUCAGCAAUGUCUGAACUCUUUACCAAAACCCUGCAAAUCCCCCUAAGAUCUAACAAUGAUCCCAUGAAGCCUCUCAGCAACUGACCAAAAGAGAAACUUCAUAAGAUCGAACAAAUAUUAAGCCCAAUGGCGAGAACAGGAAAACCAUAACUAAUGACGCUAUAAGAAUGCCCAAUGAAAAUGAAGAAUUGUUAUUUUCUAUAGACGAUACCCUCAUUUUAUUUGGCAUAUUUGAAAAAGAAAAUUAAUCAACUUUCUCGUAAUAAUAAUAUAAAAAGUGGUAACUUGACGUGAAAAAAUAAUACAAAAAGAAACAAACGUGGACGAAGCAAUGAUCUAAAUAUGAUAAGAGGAUUAACUUAGGUUACCCGUUAUCAACCACUUCUCAUCAGAAUCAUUUCCAAAAACCAGUUCACAGUUUUGGUCAAAACACACAAUUUUUUUUUUUUUUGGCAAAAGAAUCAAAAAACACAAUCUAAAACACAAUCGUCUAUGUAAUCUUUCCUAUAUCAUAAUUGUAAGAUCACAAUAAAUCAGCGUUAAAAAAAAAAUUUUUAGAGUCAUAAAAAAAACCUUAUUCCUCUAUUUAAACCUCCCAAAAAGAUCCGACCUAUUGUAAUUCCCAAGAACAUAGCCAAUGACCUCAAAAGACCCUCUUAAAGUGUAAGAAUAGUAAUACACACACGAGAAUCAAGAAGCCGCAAGAAUAUAAAGACACAACAUCUUUCUGCUCACCAAAUCAAACCCUAUUUUCUCCUGAGAGAGCCACAAGAAACUCAUGCAAUAUUCUUCACCCCACUAGCUAAACUCACCACCUCCAUUGUUAUUAUUAAUCUCUCUUCAUCCCUCUCUCUCCACUCUUCAUCACUUUCUCACAAAAUGAGUACCAAUUCUUCUUACUAUCUCACCUUCAGUGACCCUUUCUCCUCCCACGAGCCUCUUGUUUCACGUAAGCUAUUUCUCCUCAGAAACGUCCAAGUUCUUGAGCUUCUUCUUGCCCUAUUCGCCUUUAUCGCCAUACAUUCCUUGCGUCAGAAGAAACACUACGGUCUUCCCGUGUGGCCGUUUCUAGGCAUGCUUCCUUCUCUAGCUUUUGGCCUCAGAGGAAACAUCUACGAGUGGCUAACCGAUGUUCUCCGUCGUCAACACGGAACUUUCCAUUUCAGAGGCCCUUGGUUCAGCAGCCUCAACAGCACCAUUACUUGCGACCCAAGAAACGUUGAGCAUCUCCUCAAGAACCGUUUCUCUGCCUACCCUAAAGGCUCUUACUUCCGAGACAACCUUAGAGACCUUCUAGGAGACGGUAUCUUCAACGCGGAUGACGAGACUUGGCAGAGGCAGAGGAAAACCGCAAGCAUCGAGUUUCAUUCAGCUAAGUUCAGACAGCUAACAACUCACUCCUUGUAUGAGCUUGUUCACAAGAGGCUCUUACCAGUUCUUGAAGCUUCGGUCAAAACCUCUUCUCCUAUUGAUCUACAAGACGUGUUGUUGAGGCUAACGUUUGAUAACGUGUGCAUGAUUGCUUUUGGAGUCGAUCCAGGAUGUCUUGGUCCAGACAAACCUGUAAUACCCUUUGCUAAAGCCUUUGAGGACGCGACAGAAGCUGCGGUUUGUAGAUUCGUCAUGCCUACUUGCGUGUGGAAGUUGAUGAAGUGUCUUAACUUAGGAACUGAGAAGAUGCUAAAGGAGUCAAUAAAAGGUGUGGAUGAUUUUGCUGAGGAAGUUAUCAGGACGAGGAAGAAAGAACUGUCUCUUGAAGGUGAAUCCACAAAGAGAUCUGAUCUCUUGACGGUGUUUAUGGGUCUUAGAGAUGAGAAGGGAGGUAGCUUUUCAGACAAGUUUCUUCGUGAUAUAUGUGUGAACUUCAUACUUGCUGGGAGAGAUACUUCUUCUGUUGCUUUGAGCUGGUUCUUCUGGUUGCUAGAGAAGAAUCCAGAGGUGGAAGAGAAGAUUAUGGUGGAGGUGUGUAAGAUUUUGAGGCAGAGAGAUGAUAGUGGAAAUGGAGGGAAGAUAGAUUAUGAGCCUGUUUUCAGACCAGAAGAGAUCAAGAAGAUGGAUUAUCUACAAGCUGCUUUGUCUGAAGCUCUUAGGUUAUACCCUUCAGUUCCUGUUGAUCACAAAGAGGUCCAAGAAGAUGAUGUAUUUCCUGAUGGAACAAUUUUAAAGAAAGGAGAAAAAGUUAUAUACGCAAUUUACGCUAUGGGUCGUAUGGAAGCUAUUUGGGGAAAAGAUUGUCGUGAGUUUAGGCCAGAGAGGUGGCUAAGAGAUGGGCGGUUUAUGAGUGAGUCGGCAUAUAAGUUCACGGCCUUUAAUGGCGGUCCACGCCUUUGUCUAGGCAAAGAUUUUGCUUAUUAUCAGAUGAAAUCUACUGCAGCUGCAAUAGUUUACCGGUACAAGGUGAAGGUGGUGGAGGGUCAUAAAGUGGAACCGAAGUUAGCUCUUACAAUGUACAUGAAACAUGGCUUGAUGGUGAAUUUGAUCAACAGGAGUGUCUCCGAGAUUGAUCAAUACUAUGCCAAGACUAUUGAUGAUGGUAAUAUUAUUUAGUGUUUAAUGUUUGAGAUUUGUUAAUUAGUUAAGAUGGUGACCAUAAGAAGAUUGUUUACUUAUUUUUGGAUCAUUUGAAUUUUAAGCUAUUUUUCUUUGUUUUCAAUUUGGUAAUUCGAUGAUGUGUAUAGUCUAUUUGGGUUUUAGCGUUUGGAAAUGAGGAAAGAGGUUGUUAUGGUUGGUAACCAUUUUAUUGCUAGGAAAAACAGUUGGUAGGGCUUGUAAUAUCAUAGUAAUAAAUUUAUUACUUAGAAUUUUAAUCUAUUUUUAUGAGUACAAGAAAAUUUUAUUAGGUAUACUAACAUAUUAUAAUCAAUAUUUUUAUUAACAAACUGUUCUUCUUCGGCAAACAAAAUCGUUAAGAAACUAAACGGUUUUUGGUGAAAACUAUCCUAACUUUAUUCUGAAAAAUAAAGUGAUGGAUGAGUAUAGCUUUAACAUAUUGAUCGAUAUAGCUUUUAGAUAUGUUUACAUAAACUUUAUUUAUUUAUUUAUAAAAGGUUUUACAUAAAUUUAGCAUUUAAUAUAGAAAACUGUAAAUUUGGUUGAAUCAAUACUAAGCUGUCUAGAAAUUUAUCAAAGAAAAGUCAAUAUGAAACAUGGAGUAAUAAUAAAAGAGAGAAAAGAAGACAGCAUUUGAAUUAAUGAAUUUAAAAAAAAUUAGGCAAAAAAAAAAGAAGACAGCA